CCGUCUCCCUCGCCCAGACAGAGGACCAACAUGAGGUUGGACGACCUGUCGGCUGCCAGCGCCGGUGGCUACUUCGACCUCUCUAAUGCCUGCGACGAGGGCUACCGAGACCACUCGCCCUCAUCGCCCCUGUCCAUCAGAAUCCCCUCGGGCCCCAGCAUGACCGAUACCGCCUUUACCGCCCUGCAGUACCUCCCCAUGCCCGUCUUGGUCCUCUCGAGCGAAAAGACGGUUGUGCUUGCCAACGAGGCUCUGGGCAGACUGCUCGGAAUAGACUUGCAGCAGCAGACUGUACCAGAACAUGCUGGAGCCAACGAGCAAGAGGAUUUCAGAAGUGCCAGCGACGUCUUGGGUGGUGUGCCCAUGGACAGCCUUGGAAUGGAUCUUCUGCAGAACGCGAACCCUGUGUGGAUGCGCUGGGUGGAUUUUCUCAACUCUAUCAAACAAGAUGCCAUUGAUGCCAGCGCCCAGUCAGAAGCCAAGUCUGACGGCGGUGACAUUACACCCACUGCCGAGACGUACGAUAAUGCCGCUCUGCAAUCGAGUCCCGUACCUCUGACGCGCGCAAACCUCGCUCGCACCACUGUGCACGACGCUGCUGUGGAUGUUGUCUUUUCCACCAAUCGCAAUCCCGUCACAGGUCUUCCGCGAACCAAGGAGGUCAACCACGAUGUCUCUGGUCACAUUCAGGCCACUGUCAUCAUCACGGUCUGGUCUGUUGACGAUGUAGAUUAUUAUACCUUGGUCUUCACCUCUGCAGCCGAAACACAAUCUUCUUCCUCUCGCUCGAGCCAUCGUACUGUUGCGAGAACCCAAACCACCUUCUCCUCUGGACUAGGUUCUGGAUCAAGCUCUAGUUCGAGCGGCCGCCGCACUCAACACCAACAUCGCACAAGUCUCUCUGGCAGUCCCUCUGUCUUUGCUCCCUCGGCUUUGCCCAGUGGACCUCCUUCUCUUACCACAUCUGCUGCUGCGCCUUCGCUAUUCUCAAAAUCUAACCGUCUGAAAGAUGCUCUAUUGAACUCACUGAGUGACCCAGCCUUUGCCAUGUGGAAAGAUGAGUCCUUUGGUAUUCCCAAUAAAGCUGCCAUAAGAAUGGUCUACCCGGACAGCGAUGAAGCAGUCACUGGAGUCCGGGACCAACGCGAUUUUCUCUCAAGUUAUGUUCUGUGGAAGGAAGAUUUCUCCGAAUUGCUACCUAUGAGCGAGUUCCCUAUCAUGCAUCUCAUGACGACAGAAAAGCGAUUCUCCAACAGACGUGUCGGCAUGCAUCACCCUAAAACCGGCGCAAGAAUAAUCUACGACGUCGACGGCGAAACCAUUACUGAUAACAAGACUGGCGAAUUCCUCGGUGGUCUUGUCAUCUUCCACAAUGUCACUGAAUAUGCCAAUAUCAUUACCGCCCAGAAGGUCCAGAACGAACGUCAGUUCGAGGAUAUAACCAAUAUGAUCCCACAAAUGAUCUGGACAACCACUCCGACCGGCCAGCACGAUUACUAUUCGAGAAGAUGGUACGAAUACACAGGUCUCACGGUUGAGCAAAGUCUGGGUAACGGAUGGGAGAACCCCUUCCACCCGGAUGACAUGGAGUUGACAUGCAAGAGAUGGGCACACAGUCUAGUAACUGGCGAGGAGUACAGAACAGAGUACAGAUGCCUGUCCACCGACGGCGAGUGGCGCUGGAUGCUAGGUCGAGCUGUGCCUAUGAAGGAUGAUGAUGGCAAGAUUGUCAAAUGGUGCCUCAUUCAUUUCAUCUCUUAUUAUUUGGUCCUUGCUCGUGAGGACGCACGACAGACAAAACUUCGACUUUCACAAGUCAUCGAAAUGGCCAAGAUCACGCUAUGGUCGGUGAAUCCCGAGCGUCAACUAUCCAUGCUUGAAGGCGCCAUCGUUUGGAACGACGGCUCUAAACUCUCUGAUGACGAGGUUCGAAAACAGGCUAUCGGCAAGAAUGUGUUCGAGAUGCUCGAUAAAGAAGCCAUUCUGGACGGUGACCACCACAGGGAAUACAUUGAAAAUAUCCUCACUGGCAAAAACAUCGACGAGACCACUGAAUUACAUGUGAAAGAGACCAAUAGAUGGAUUCGUACCAGAUUCGUUCCGCUUCAACGUCUGGAACGCAAUGCUGGUGUUGAAGGCGAUGCUUUCGUUGAUGGUGUCGUUGCUGUCAGUAUGGAUGUGACAGACUUGAGAAAGCGAGAAGAACAACUUCGAGAACGUGACCGAGAAAACUCACGUUUGCUGGCUCAGAGUGAGGCUGCGAAGGAAGCGAGCAAGAUGAAAUCGCAGUUCCUGGCUAACAUGUCGCACGAGAUUCGUACACCGAUCGCGGGUGUCAUUGGCAUGUCUGAACUCUUACUGGACGAUACUGAAGGUACUCUGACCGAGGAACAACGCGAAUGCGCCGAAAACCUACAACGAUCUGCUAAUGGUCUACUUACUGUGAUCAACGAUAUUCUGGAUUUCUCCAAGGUUGAGAGUGGCCGUCUGGAUAUUGAGGAUGUUCAGUUCGACCUGAACGUUGUUGUCCGCGAUGUCAACAAAAUGCUCACAUUCGCGGCCGAGCGCAAGGGAUUGAUGUAUAUCGACGAGACCCAAGAGCUCGAACGCCUGAAGGUCAUGGGUGAUCCAGGUCGACUGAGGCAGAUCUUGACAAACCUCCUUACCAACUCGAUCAAGUUUACGUCUGAGGGCAGUGUCACGAUGCAAGUAAAGAUCAGAGAGGAGACCGCAGAGACUGUUGCUGUGCAAUUCACCGUUGAAGAUACUGGUAUCGGAAUCGAGGAGGAGGUCAGAAAAAGACUCUUCCAACCUUUCUCUCAAGCCGAUUCUAGCACCGCCAGGCGCUUUGGUGGAACUGGUCUUGGUUUGACCAUUAGCAAGAACCUCAUGCAUGGUGAGAUCUCACUCGAAUCCUCCUUAGGACUCGGCACCAAGGCAUCGUUCUGGAUUCCGUUUAAUAAGGCACCAUAUCUCUCAGGUGACUCGCCGCCACUGGAUAUGGGCCCAAUUCCACACCGACUUCAAUCUGAGCUAUCACUCUCCGAAUAUAGCGGGCCACAGCCACCAGGUUCUCCUUUGAAACCAGGUAUCCGUCAAGCAUCCUUUGAUUCACGACGAGGCUCCCCGGCUCAGCUUGACUUGCCUCUGGCGCUCUCGGACGAGGAGAGGCGGAAUACACACACGAUUAAGAAGCUCAAAUUCUCGGUCAAUGCCGUAUGGAACGGACAAGAAGCACUCGAUUAUCUCAGCAAGCCAGAAAGCCCUGAACGUCCAAGGCCAGAUGUUAUUCUUAUGGAUGUACAAAUGCCUGUAAUGGACGGCUAUAAAGCGACGUACACCAUCCGGCAUUGCGAGCCGUUCGUUGCCGACCAACAGAUUCAAAACACGCCCAUUGUUGCAAUGACCGCCAGUGCGAUUCAAGGCGAUCGAGAGAAGUGCGAGAACGCUGGAAUGAACGACUAUCUGGCAAAGCCCGUGAAAGGCAAGACUUUGGAGCAGAUGUUGCUCAAAUGGGCCGUUGAAAAGAAACGUAAGGCGGCCUUGUCAUCAAGCCCAGCUGUUUCUCCAAGAGCGGUAGAGGUUCCUCCACCUCGACUCCCAUCAUCAGCACCCUCGAGGGAUACUGUACAGGAGGAGCUGAGAACACCAGUGGAUCUGCUCACACCCACAGCGGGCCCAGAUGUUCUUGCAACAAAGCUCAACAAACUCAACUUCCAAAACGAUACAGUCUUUGCACGUUCUGCAGAAACUGCAGAAAGUCGUUCGAUGGACCGCUUACGGAACGAAGAGAAGGCGAUGCAAUUACGUGAUCAGCAGUUAUUUGCUAGCGCAGCCACGCCCAANAAACUCCUAGGUGUGCUAGGAGAGACAACAACAACAGAAGAUGUGAUUGAGACUCGGCCUUCGAAGCUCACACGUGAGAACAUUGAGAAGCUGACUCGGAAUGCACCCUUGGACCACAUCACUCAGCCAGAUGUGGAUACAUCAAGUUUAGAUGUCACUGUCGACAGUAAUGCCCAGGCACGCCCAGGAAGGCCCUCGAUGGGGACACGGAUGAAGUCUGAUGGUGAGAAGACAGUCUUGCCAGAAUGA